UCACCAUUUGCACUUAAACCUCUCUCUCACUCUCAAAUUAACACGCGCUCUUGAGCAAAAAAAAAGGGGGAGAAGAAAUGGUCGAUCUCUACUUGGUUACAAGCAUGAUCUCCUCGCUGUUGCUCUCCUGCUUGAUUCUAAGAGGGGCUUACAGUUUGUGGUGGAGGCCCAAAAUGAUGGAGAAGAUGAUGAGGAGUCAAGGCCUAAUGGGCCGUCCGUACAAAUUUCUGUUAGGGGAUGUGAAGGAGUUUGGUCAGUCCAUCAUCGAUGCAAGGUCCAAGCCCAUGGAACUCCACCAUAGAAUCAUUCCCCGUACCCUUCCCUUCGCCUUUCAACUGAUUCAAAGCUUAGGUAACAUGUGCUUCUACUGGGUUUUUACUUCUCCAAAGAUAAUUAUAAGAGACCCAGAGCUGAUAAAGGAAGUUCUAACAAAUAAAUGCGGUCAAUUUAGGCAGUUGCCUCUUGCUCCAUCUCUUAGGCUAACAGGGGGGGUUUCUUUGUUGGAUGGAGAUGAGUGGGCUCAGCAUAGGAGCAUAAUUAAUCCUGCUUUCCACCAGAACAAACUGAAGGAGAUGGUUCCAGAAUUUUGCACAAGUUGUAGCGAUAUGAUCGAGAGGUGGAGGAAUUUGGUUUCUCAUAGAGGAUCAGUUGAAUUGGAUGUGUGGAUUGAACUCAAGAAUAUGACUGCAGAUGUUAUCUCUAGAACUGCAUUUGGAAGUAGCUAUAAUGAAGGUAGAAGAAUUUUUGAGCUACAGGAAGAGCAGCUUGAACUAGUUAUGUUGGCACAUAAGCUUCCACAUAUUCCUGGAUUCAGGUUCAUACCCACGAAAAAUAACCUAAGAAGAUAUUGGGUCAACAAAGAGAUUAAAAUUAUGCUAAGAGAUUUGAUUCAGAAGAAGGAACAAGCAAUGAAACAGGGAAAAUGUGACUACAAAGACUUAUUAGGCUUGAUGCUAAGCUCGAACAAGCAAGCACACAGAGAUAUGAAAGGUUUAACAAUCGAUGAGGUGAUGGAGGAAUGCAAGCUAUUUUACUUUGCUGGCCAUGAGACUACUUCUGUGCUGCUCACAUGGACAAUGGUGCUGUUAUCAAUGUACCCCCUUUGGCAAAGCCGAGCAAGAGAAGAAGUGCGAGAGAUCUGUGGGAGGGAGAUGCCCAGUUAUGAAAGCAUUGGCCAACUUAAGAUUGUAAAUAUGAUAUUGCAUGAAGCUCUAAGAUUGUAUCCACCUGUGCCUGCUCAGUAUCGAUAUCUCUACAGCCAAACAAAACUCGGGGGGUUCUCACUCCCAGGGGGCACCGAUCUUAUACUACCCACAAUAUUUAUCCACCACGACCCCGAGAUUUGGGGCGAAGAUGCCGAAGAAUUCAAACCUGAAAGGUUCUCAGACGGAGUGCUCAAGGCAACAAACCAUCAGUUUGCUUUCUUCCCUUUUGGAUGGGGGCCAAAAACCUGCAUCGGGCAAAAUUUUGCACUGAUAGAAGCAAGGAUUGCUCUUGCUAUGAUACUGCGGCAUUUCUUCUUUGAGCUAUCACCCUCAUAUGUGCACUCUCCUUUCAGUUUUAUCACGGUUCAACCACAACAUGGCGCUCCGCUUAUCUUACACCAACUGUGAUAUGUUCCCAUACUGGGAACCUAAAUUGGUAAGAAGAAUCUGUUGAAUUGCGGUUACCGGUAUCGCAAACUGAGUAUAUUAGUGAUUUGAGGAAACUGUAGCUGAUAAGCUGUUUUCGAUUAUCAGAAGCUCGUACAACCUUAUCUUUGUUGCUAUAGACUGGAUAUGGCCAUUUGCAGUAAUGAUAUGGUUUCAUUUGCAGUAA